UGCUAAUCGACAAAAUUCCCCAAAGUGUCGACAAACAACAGGUCACUCGGAGGUUUUGCAAUCAACCUUGCAGAGUUGUACGUGCUUUAAAUAACCAAUCAAUGCGUACUGAAUCUAACGGUGGUGUUUCAGUGGCGAAUGUCCACUUCAGUGACUCAACAAAGCUCUACAUCCGCAUUCAAUCUAUGUAGUUAAUCAGGAAGUUUGGAUGAAGUUCAAAGUGCAAAUAUAGGUCUUCGGUUUGGUAAAAGCAAUAUCACAUAUAUUCUGUACACCAGGAGUUAGACGCUUAGUCGGGAGCCAGGUUUAACCGCUUUUGCAAUAGUGCUCGUAAUUUCUUAUCUUAAACCCUUGCUGGUUGUCGACGACAAGUAGAAUGCGCCCGUUCGAAUUUUUGAGAGCGGGUUAUUUAUUAUUAAACCAAUUUAUGUUUGUUUGAUUGUGAAACUCUUACAGGAGGUGAUAAAUUCACAAAUAUUACGCGUGUCGUUAUCAGGACCGUAUACAUGCAAGAACUUAAAUCACUGAUAAGAUGAUACGGGACAACUCUCACCGGAUAUGCAUACAGAUAUGUGUUGUUCAAGUUAUCACGCACUAUUGAAAUCAACAUCAUUUAGUGAACAUUUUGCAAUGUGUUCAACACGCAUUUUUUAAGAGUGCGCGUGCUUUAUACGCCCUCAAGAGGACUGGAUAAAUGACGGAACGAUUACAAAAGGAAACGUUUAAACAUUGCUGAGUGUUUAUUAUUAUGCGGGCACACACAACGACGAACAAGAUGGCUUCUAACAAUAGUACGAUGCUUAGCAACGACACGUUUUUGUCCGACCGCGUUGCCUUAGUACAGCAACUGAAUGACAAGAUGGCGCGCCUGAUGGUUCCCGCUACGGUUUACAUUUGUAUUAUGAUGGUUCUAGGCCUCGUAGGAAACCCAAUGGUGUGUUAUUACUAUGGCGCUAAGACGAAGCUGACAACAAAUACGUUCUUCAUCGUGAUUUUGGCCUUAUAUGACGUCAUCGUUUGUGCAAUAUCCAUGCCAACUGAAAUCGCUGAUAUUGAGUUAUUUUACACGUUUGAAUAUAACGUCGCCUGCAAAAUACUGCGGUUUGUGAACUACUUUGCCGGAAUUGGGUCAAUUUUGACUCUUGUUGCUAUAGCAACGGAUCGGUUUAAAAAGAUAUGUCGCUUGACUAAGCCUCAGAUGGGGAUUAGAACUGCAAAGUUUGUGAGCUUAGGGAUUAUUGGGAUAGCUAUUCUGUUGUCGUGGCCAUCGCUUGUAAUAUAUGGAUCGAUUCAAGUGCCAAUACCAAAUACAUAUGGCCUUGAUCUUAUGGGCGCGGACUGCACAUCUACCAAAGAAGUCGCUUACCAGAAAUAUGUCUGGGUCUUUAAUGGAGUCCACUUUCUUCUGUUUGUUGUGUUAUCGGUGGUUUUGAUUGUGCUGUAUAGCAUUAUAGGGCAUACAAUCUUCAGCCACAAGAAAAGAUUAAUGAUGUACACACCGAGCAAAAACAGAACUCCGUCGUCUACUGAGGUUGAAACUUCCUUAUCUGACUGCAGUCAAAAGAUGGAAGACAACAUGAAAGGAACUGAGAAAGGCGUUAUCAAACCAAAAACAGCAACACAAUCUCUUUUUACCAGCAUUAAGCGACAUUCCACUGUAUCUAAGAAAUCGACGGAUUCACACAAACCAUCAGGUAUAGACAGCGAGGCAGUAAAAAUAACCGUCGUUAUGGUGAUUGUUACCAUAGUGUUUAUCGUCAGUUUUCUACCGUACCUAUCACUUACUGUUUGGCGCGUUGUCAAACGCCAACAUGAGGCGGAGUUUCUGUCCGAUGCCGGUCUCGUUUGGUUUAAAAUUGGAUCAAGGUCAUUUCUUUUAAACAGCAGUCUCAACCCGUGGAUUUACGGAAUUUUCAACAGUAAUUUUAGACAGUUUUUCUUUGGAUGGAUUUGUAAGAAGCGAUGAAUAUAUUAUUACUCAUAAUUAUUAUAUGACUGUUUGAUUCCCCUGAUUACCUUAAAUGACAUCGCAUGGCAACGACUGCAUUCAUUAGAGGGCGACUAUUUGUCUCCACUACCUUUCGUCUUGUCACUUGAUUGACUGAUAAUUGAAUCUUAUAUACAUGUGUACGCACAAUUCAAAGACGAUGUUUCCGCUUGCAAUGUAUUUGUGCUAUUUGUUAGUUUUAAAUCUAUUGUUUUGAGAUUUAUAUAUGUCAUUGUUCGUAUUUAUUUUGCCGACUGUAAAACACUGGAAAUAUAGUUUAGAAUUUAUUUCGAAAUACUUAAAAAUACAGUUACAAAUAUAUUUUUAAGAUUUUUUUUAAGUUUUUGAAAAUAAUCAAUAGGUUUAAAACUUCACGACAUUUGCCUUACAUGCUCGUAGUUGAACAAUGCUUAAGAAUCUGUGAAAAAAAAUCUCUCACAUAUACUUUAAAAAAGGAAAUUUAAUAUAAAGUAUCAAUUUUCCAAUUUCCAAUAGUUUAUCGUAAAUCAAGGCCACGAACUUUAGUACCUGUUCAUAUUUUGUUCGUUAAUAAAAUCCCCUAAAUAUUUUA